AUGAACAAGGGUGUUAUCGAGGCAAAAGGAUCGGAAAGUGAUGAACUUGGUAAGAAAGAUGAGGUUUUGAUGGUUGGGAAUGAGCCUAUCGCCGGCGAGGACAAAGAAAAGAAAGAGAAGGAGUUGCAGAUGCAAAGAUUAGGGCGGAAUUUAAGACCUGAGAGGAAAGGUAGAUGGUGCAUAGAAAAGGCAAAGAAAAUUCUCAGUAGCCAAGGCCUAUGCACAGUUGAUGUUACAGAAAACUCUGGAGAUAAAAAGAGCAGAAGGCAGCAACUCUGCCAAGAAAGACAGAGAAACAAGAGAAAGGUGUUGGAAGCUGAAGAUAAAGGGAAAAAUUAA